AUGGGAUGCGUAAAAUCAAAUGGAAAUAAAAAAUUAGAGGACAUGAAAUAAGGCUUUGUUAUUCGGAUUCUGCAUCCCGAAAACAGAACUGAGAAACAGUUUAAAUACUUUGAUGAGAAAUAGAAGAGUGAUCUUAUUAUGAAUGUGAUGAAUGGAAUAUGUUUUAGUGAGAAAGUUUCUGAUAAGUGCGAUGGUAAUUUUAUUUCAGUUUAUGAUCCUUCUGAUGAUCGGUUUCACUAUUACAUAUAAAAAUUAGAUGGAAUUGAAAUAGACAACUCUAAUGAACCACUGAAAGGGAGAAUUUGGGUGCCAUAUAUAAAUGAAAAAAGGUCGGAUUGGGAUAUAUUGGUAGAAAAUAACACUAGAAUAUCAAUAACUGAUCAUUUAGUAUGGAAAUUGGAAGCUGUGAAAAAGUGA